AUGGCGUCGAUACAGUCUCUACUCAACCCUCUACCCGAACUUGAUCGGCACUCUCUUCCUACCCCUUCGGUAACAAGCUCAACGAGUACUGUGGCGCUGCGAGCUCAUCGACACAAGAAACAGAAGAUUGCGAAAGAUGCCCCAAUUUUCAACCGGGGAAAGAUCAGAGGGGAGCUGCGGUACCACCCAUGCGAGGAGCGAGAUGAGGAGCUUACGAAGUUGCAUAGGGAGUUUCGUCUUCAUCCUAUGGGUGAUAUAGCGGCUUAUCCAAGACAUAUCCCCUAUAAUAGUGACAAGAAGUCGUUCCAGGAGCGGACUGGGCGAGAGAGUUUUGAGGUCUUUCAGUAUACGUUUGAGAUUCCAGGCGAAGAAAAGCAAUGGACAGUGAUGUGGGACUACAACAUCGGGCUCGUUCGAACAACACAUCUCUUCAAAUGCAACGACUAUUCCAAGACCACACCUGCAAAAAUGCUGAAUGCAAACCCAGGUCUACGGGAUAUCUGUCACAGCAUUACGGGAGGGGCUCUCGCGGCACAGGGAUACUGGAUGCCAUUUGAGGCCGCAAAAGCUGUAGCGGCAACCUUCUGCUGGAAAAUCCGUCAUGCACUCACUCCCCUCUUUGGCCUCGAAUUCCCAUCUCUCUGCAUCCCACCUAGCGACCGUUCCCGAUACGGCCGAAUGGUUAUCGACCCAAGCAUUGUCCGAAAGGCUACCGAAACAGCCCACUUAUAUCGAGUGUUGGAAAUUCGUUCUCCACCCCCAAACACCCUUCGGGUAGGAUGCCGUCCUAGCUCUGCUAGAGACAACAAUGCCCUUGGGAAACACCUUCUUCCUAAAUCCCAUCACCAUCAUGAUCUGUUCUCAGACAGGCUGGCCGGAUACGGAUCUUCGCCGGAAUAUAAUACAGACGCUUACUGCGUCUCGCCAGUUAGUCCGAUCCGUAACACCUUCACCCCCGUGAACCCCCCGCGGAGCACAGACACCCUGUGUUCUAGCAUUCCCUCACCACAACAUGUUCUUGCGUCUCUUGCGGCAAUUUCAAACGCCAAUGCAAUGGAUGUCAGUGACGUCGACCCCGAAACUGGAUCCGAUGAAUCCAGCUCCUCAACUCUCUAUUCUGAAAGUAGCGUUGCAACCGACUGUCCCUCCUCUGAUCUGGACGAAGACUACAGAGAUAGCGACGCCGAUGUCGAAUCACGCGCAGGUAAUGCGCCGAUGAAAACUAAAGGAAAGGGCAAGAUACAGCCUACCUCGACGAGCGGGCCACGUAUUGAGACGCGCUCCCGAAAACACAGCUCUGCUCUCUUCGCGUGUGAAGUCAAAGCGGCCCAUGCCCUGCUUAGUCUCUAUAUGCAGGACGCAAUCGGUAGCGACAAUGAUGAUAGCUACGAGCCAUUCGGGUGGAAGGGGCGAAAGAGACGGAGGGCAUCUACCUGAAUUCCUACCCUGAUACAAUCUGGUGAGCCAUGACAGUUGCAAUGCAGCUCGAGGGCACCACACUCUCGAGGAAGGACAGAAACCGGAAACUGAUGAGGAAUGACACCACCGAUAGAAGGUUCCAAUGGAGUUUAGAGUUUAGGUCAAGGCGGUGUUUGGUUAUGGUUACAGGCUUGAUUCUCUGAUUAUUUCUGCGUGCUUUUUUGUUUUAUUUCUAUCUCAAUAUCAAAUCUCUCUUUCUUUCUGUCUGUCUCUCUCUCUCUCUCUCUCUCUCUCUGUGUGUGUGUGUGUGUGUGUCGGAGAUUCUAGUAACCCUUGUUUGUAUAUCCAAGACCAUAGCUAUGUUAUGUGAG